AUGUCGGCCAUACAAGGCGUCUUCGGCGCCUUGUUAGGCUCACUAAACUUCUUAUUGAAGUACGGCCUUCUCGUCAGCUGCUGCUUCUUCGCGGCAUCCACAUCCUUCAUCAUGGAGGGCGGCAGCUAUCUCGGCGUCGCUCUCAACCUCGCCUUCUUCGGUCUCUUCUUCGGUCUUGUUCUGGCAUCCAACCCGAACUCCAGUCGUCUUGGUCACACAGAUGCCAAAGUCUCGGCCGUCUUCUUCUGGUUGCUUGGUUGUUACUUCCUUCAUCUGGAUGCUACUCGAGACACCAUCUUCCUUCGUGAAGCGACCACAAUCUGCAUGGCAGCAUCCGUCGCCCUCAUGGCCCCUGUCGCACGCCGCGAGGCGAGCGUCGGGGAAACAAACGAGGGAGGCGAUAGACCAAUGUGGACUAGAAAUUGGAAGACGUUCCCUUUGGCUAUGGUUCUGCUGGCCUCUGUGGUCUUCAUUUCAUCGCAGAGCGGCCUCAACACCCCGGCGGACGGCAUCUUGGCUCACCCGAUGAUUGUCAAUGACACCAUCCUCGUCAAAGACACCAUCCUCGUCAAUGACACCAUCACCGUCAACGACAUUUGCCUGCUCCCGCCCGAGGUACCAGCUAAAGCCAACCUGACCAUCCCAUCAAUUCCUGUCCAAACUCCCGACUUCAUCACCACCCUCGGCACGCCCUGCCAAGUCACCCCGACACCUGCUCCACCUUCACCGGUGCCCAAGUCCACCUGGGUCCCAGCAGCAAUGUCGACGGCGAUGCCCACACCAGAGCCUGCCCCGACAGCCUUGCCUGAAGAAGUCGAACCAGAGCCUGAUGUCGAGCCUCAGCCUGAGCCAGAGCCUGAGCCUGAGCCACAGCCUCAUCUCGAGACAGUGGCCGCACCGCAGGACGUCGCCGGCGCCCUGGAGCUCCUCGUCAGGCUGUCCACCUCUCAAGCCAAGUCGAUCCUGUCACCUCAAGCCAAGUCUGCCGUGUCGUGGUACCUCAGCUUCCGAGUCGAGGAUCGCUGUACCUUCGCCGCACUGGCAGUCCUCUUGGCAUGGUAUCUGCUCUGGAGGCUCGUCAACAUCGUCGACCUCAUCUCUGCGUGCAGCUUCCUUCCCACCGUCUGCUUCCUCUCAUUGGUCCUCUGCUUCUGCCUCGAUCGCUAUGAACUCCCUCGCAGCAUCUCCCUCGCAUACAGCGUUGGAGCUUGUGUGAUAUUCAUAGUCGCCAUCGUGGUGGCCACCUUCGUCGCCUACUUUCUCAGGUUUCUUAGGCUGGCCAGGCUGGUCAAGGGCAACGCCGCCGAGCUGCCCAUGGUCAAGUCCGACAUCUCCAAGGUCUUCGGCAACCUGUCAAGUCUUGAGAGCACUGUCGAGACAGUCCAAAACGACCAGUCCAGUUUAGGGGAGAUACUCACUGAUGCGGUAGGGAUUUUUGGCCGUCGGAUGAGGUUGUUCGAAAGGUCAACCGCGACAAUCAAUCUAUUUAUAUACGGCUUCGUGGGCUUGGUUCAACGCGGUAUUUUCAACUUGCACUUGCGGAUCGGGGCCCUGUCCAAGAGGGUCACCGGUCUCAAAUCACGUGCAAAGCGAUUGUCCAAGCAAGUGGCCUAUCUCAAUAAGCGGAUCGGCCAGCUCCAGAGAAGCAAGGCUGAUUCAGAGGUUGUCAAGAGACUCGCGCAGGAAAUGGAAGACCUCAGAACACAGCUCGAUGGGCUCGAGAACAACGGGGCAGACGACGAGGCCCGCAAGAAGCUUGAAGACAAACUGAAUGCGCUGUCCGCCACGGUCAAGAAACUCGGCACCUCUUUAGGGUCCCUAAUCGAUGAAUUCGUCAAAACCCUGUGCCAGGAAAUCAAGAAGCUUAUGGACUUUGUUGACGGGCUGCGCACUAGAGUCGAUGGAAUCGAGGAGAAGAUGGACAAGCAGGAGACCGAGCGCGAGGCUGACAACAAGGCAAGGACCAAGUCAUUCUUCAGUCUCCAGGAUCAGAUCAACUCGCUGCGCGGGAUGUGGACGGCAUUGGAGAAGAAGCUAGUCGGCAAGGAAGACCUCAAGAAGGUGAAGGACGACGUCGACGAGAAGCACAACGAGACCAAGAAGGCCAUCGACAAGCAGGGUGACGACUUCAACGCGCGCCUCGAAGAGAAUGGCAAGGCUCGCCGCGAGGAACAGGCCGCGUUUAUGGCCAAAGUCGAGGCUCGUUGCCAAGCCACCGAUGCUCGUUGCGAUGCUCGUUGCCGAGCCAGCGAGGAUAAAGUUCAGCGCAUCCAGAAUAAACUGGACACACACGUUGCCGACUCAGCCAAGCGCGAGAAGGAGCAGCAGGCCAAGCACGAUGAGGAAAUUGAACGCCUCGGGAAUGAGCUCGCCAAGGAGCUUGACGACAACGCCAGGCUCACCGAGAAGGUGGAGGAGCUGAAGUACAUGGCCACCAAGAAGGAGGACGCCCCUCAAGCUCUCCACCCUGAUGUCGUCCGACAGAUCAAGGUCACGAUCCAGACCGAGGUCGCCUCGCAGCUGCUGUCCUACUUCGGCAGCCGCCAGUUCCUCCUGUUCAUCAGCGGGGCCGUGAUGAUCACCCUCCAGCGCCUCAUGGCCAUGGGCAUCAACAUCCCCUCCGUCCUCUCUGCGCUCCGCCCCGGCGCUCGCACCGCGCCCCAGCCCGGCCAGCCCGCCAGCGGCACUCGCCCUGUCCCUCCCGCGCCACGCUUCGGCAAGGGCCUGCGACACUUCCUCAACCGCUCGCCAAUGUUCAGGGGCGGCGUCGUCAGUCCCAUCUGGUCUUCCUUCUCCCGUCGCCAGUGGCCCACCCUGGUGCGGAUCUUGGCCAUGCCGGGCGGCGACCGCCUCCUGUCCGACUUCAUCGCCACCCGCAUCCCUCGAUCGCUGCCUCCACCCGGCCGUCGCAGCCUGCCCCCCGCCCUGCGUAAGGAGGCACCGAGGCACGGUCCCGGCGGCGGCGGUGAGGUCGAUCCCAGCAAGCGCAGUGAUCCUCCCACUCCUACUCAUGGGUCGAGUUCUCAUCCCCAUGAGUCAGCGAAGGGAGAUCCUUCGCAGGGCUCCGACGCUGCCGCUCCUGGCCCCUUUUCUUCCGAGGCCGAGGGCUCGCUUGCUGAGAACGGUCCUGAUGGCAACACCACCAAUGAUGGUGACAACAGCACUGGAAGCUCAAGCAAAAUCAGGGUCCCCAGGACAGACGAACAGGAGGAUGCUUCUAGGAAGCGCUCAGCCGCAAGAGAGGCGCUCCUGGGCUUCCAUAUUGACGUGAAGACUGGCAAAGUCACCGAUCCUAACGGCAGCGACGACCCCGUUGCCUGUGUCCUUGCCCAUGGCAAAGCUCCAAACAUUUCGGAGGUCGGUCCAAUUGUCGACUGUGAAACCGAAACCGGCCUCUUUCGUCGCCAGCGUACGCCCACUUCCGUGAACAGGGUCGUCGCAAAGAUGUUUUUACCCAACGAAACUAAGUACACGCGGUGGUUUGAUGAGACCUACACCCCCAGUCUCCAGCCCGCAGCCACUCCCUCCCCAUCUUCCAACACCCCAAACUCACUCAGUUCUUCCCGUCACGCCCCGCCACCUUCGGAUGAGCGUAGGCCUGGUCCCGAUUCCACCAGUCGCGGUAAGAACAGUGGCAGGGGUGGCAACCGUGGCGGCGGUGGCGGCCGUGGCGGCCGUGGUGGUUCCAACAGCAGACCAUCGGACCCCAGCAACACACCUUCCAGCCCUCAUCAUCCUGAAUCUAGCCGCAAGAAGAACAGGAGGAAGAAACGCGGCAAUGGGGGAAAGGGUAACGUGUCCCAGGCCCAAGAUCCCGAGUAA